AUGUAACCCUAAAAUACCUAAAGUUGGAAUAACUAUUUCCAGAAAAAUUUAUUAGAAGGCAAAGACAACUGGUUCAAUGAAAGAUUAAAUAAUUUUAGUAACUAAACUCAAAAUAAAAUUUAAGAAGUUUCAGAAGGUUAAGAUUGGAAUGGCGAAUGGUUUUAUGUUGAGGUCAAUUAAAUAUCCAUUCCAAUUCCUUCAUUUGUUAGCCUCGCAACACAAAAUAAACUCAAACAAACCAUUUAAGAAGUUUAAUAACAAGUAGAUUAUCAUCUAAAAUCACCUUCUUUUAGAUAAUAAAUCUUAGACUAUAUGCACAAAGAUUUUAUGAAUAAGAAUUGUCAACUAUUUAAAAAAAUCAAUUCUGUUGAUUCAAAUCCUUCUUUAAAAAUCCAGUUUGAAAAUCAAAACAAAUUAUUUUAAUAAAAUCUUAAUGCAAACACAUAAAAAGCGGAUGACUUUAGAAAAUUUGUUCAUCAUAUAUUUAAUAGAAAUAUUAAGAACAGAAAUUUGAUAGAAAAUGACAUACAAUAAUAUAUGAAAAACAAGGAAUCUAAAAAAAAACCAAAUAAUAAUAAAAAUUACUUGCAUAGUAAUGAGGACUUCAUGAAUGAUUAAAAAUUUAUAGAAGAAACAUUAAAUAGCAUUCAUAAAUUUGGAGUGGAUAGAUGCAAUAUCUAGAAAAAUGAUAACUAAAAAAUAAUGUCUGAAACUAUAAGCAUUAAUUUCUAAGAAAGAAAAACUUUGAAAACUAUCACAUACUCAAUUUUGCAUCAUAAUCUUUGCAAAUAAGAUAAAAAGUGGGCGAAAGAAUAUAUAUACAAAGUGUUAUCUCAUAUCAAUCCAAAUACUAAAGAUUUUGAAUAACGCAAUUAUAUUCUAAGAUAAAUAUACCUCCUUUUCUUGCAAACAAUAAUAAUCAAUUCUAAUAAUAGUAACUAAACUGAUCAAUUUUUAGAGAGUGUCUUUAAAUCUGAGUUCCUGUCUUCUUUACUAAGUGAUCAUCUUUUAUUUUCAGCCCAACAGAUUCUGAAAAUAAAAAAUCAUACAAAUUAAAACCAGGAUAUUAAUACUUUACUAGAUUAACUUUCAAAAGCAAAUGAUUUUAAUUUGUAUUUGAUCAGCCAGAAAGAGGUUGAUUCUAAAAAAUACUUGCAUGCAAAACAUAAAUCCCGAGAAAUAUUUAUCUAUUUUGAGCAAUGUUUACAAUAAGAUGAAAACUAGCAAGUUUAUUAUGUCGUUAAUCCUAGUGAUUCAUUUGUUUGUUUUGCAGAGAGUUCUUUUUGA